AUGUCGCAACAAAAACACGUGGUGUUCGAUGUCGUCGGCACCUGCGUGUCCUUUGACGCGUUCUACGCGACCAUUGACCGAGUCAUCGGGAAGAAGCUUGCUGCACGAAACGUCACCGCCGCCUUUUUUGGAUUCAGUUGGAUGACCGCGGCGGAGCUUGAAUUCACCUUCUUAUCGAUUUCGGAGCGCUACAAGCCAUAUAAAGAGAUUCUGGGUGCCCUCUUCUUUCGCACCUUAUACAUGGCUGGGAUUGAGAAUCCGAGAACCUUUGCGACAGAGCAGGAGCGAGACGAAUGCGUCCAAGGAUACUUCCAGUUAGAACUGAGGCCCGGACUGAAAGAGUGCUUCGAUACCCUCCGAGCAGCGGGAUUCACUGUAUGGUGUCUCACCACCGGAGAUGUCAAGCGGGUGACGGGUUAUUUUGAGCGCUCUGGUGUCUCUAUGCCCUCGGAGAACUUGAUCAGCUGUGAUGCCCAGGGCAAAGCAAAGCCAGCACCGGCAGCAUACAGGUCGGUAUUUGAUCAAUUCAGUGCAGGGGAUGACAAAUGGUUUGCAGCGGCGCAUAUGUGGGAUGUGUCUGCUGCCACCAAGGUGGGAUUUCGCGGGGCGUACUGUACGGUGUACGAAAAGGAACCUUGCUCGGAGGUUUUCGAUGAAAAAAUGGAUGUGAUCGCAGACACGCUACCUGAGAUGGCAAAGAAUAUCGUCGCAAUGUCACAAUAG